GGCUUUCUGUACUCUCUAAGCCUUACACGAGAGUCUCGUUUGUCCCUCUCUUUUUCUGUCACGGUGAUUACCUUCUACCACCCAGAAUCUGGAGGGUUCCCUAUAUCUUUUCCUCUCCCCUUCUUUCUCAAACUUGGUGGCUUAAUAUCAAAGACCCAUUAGGCAACGCAUUAGAUCAAAACGCACUGAGAAGAACCAUUCUUUUAGAAUCUUGGUUUUGCUUCAACGGUCUGGUACUAUUUCUUGAGUUUGUCUGGAGGAAACACAAUUCUUUUGAGAACUUAUAAAUUUGGUAUUGGAGGUUGGUUCUAGAGUGAGCUUAUGCCUGGAAACAACUACAAUGGUACUUUCUCCCCUGGUCCAAGUACAACAAAUCGUCUGGAACUGCUCUUAAGAGAUAAGAAAGAAAGAAACCUAAGGAAAAGCUGCAGGGCACUUCUGAAUGAGGCGGCUGAUAGUAAUGGGGGGCCUGAAUUUUAUGUGCAUGAACCAAGAGUAAAAAACAAUGACAACUUGGGACCCUCUAUUGUCGAUCAAGAAGUGUCUACAAGGGUGAGUGAAGGAGGUGAAAGGGCAGAUGGAAGGCCUUUGAAGCAGCGACUACUGGUGGUGGCCAAUAGGCUCCCAGUCUCUGCAGUCAGGAGAGGUGAAGACUCUUGGUCUCUAGAGAUAAGUGCUGGGGGUCUGGUCAGUGCCCUUCUGGGUGUGAAGGAGUUUGAGGCAAGAUGGAUAGGAUGGGCUGGAGUAAAUGUGCCAGACGAGAUUGGACAGAAAGCACUUACUAAAGCAUUGGCUGAAAAGAGAUGUAUUCCUGUAUUCCUUGAUGAGGAUAUUGUUCAUCAAUACUACAAUGGCUAUUGCAACAACAUCUUGUGGCCUCUUUUUCAUUACCUUGGACUUCCUCAAGAAGACCGCCUGGCCACUACCAGGAGUUUCCAGUCUCAGUUUGCUGCAUAUAUAAAGGCAAAUGAAAUGUUUGCUGAUGUUGUGAACAAACACUACAAGGAUGGAGAUGUUGUGUGGUGCCAUGACUACCAUCUCAUGUUUCUUCCAAAGUGCCUAAAGGAUCACAAUAAGGGAAUGAAAGUUGGUUGGUUUCUCCACACACCCUUCCCUUCUUCUGAAAUCCAUAGGACACUUCCAUCUCGAUCAGAUCUGCUGCAUGCAGUUCUAGCUGCUGAUUUGGUUGGUUUUCACACAUACGACUAUGCAAGGCAUUUUGUCAGUGCUUGCACUCGUAUUCUCGGACUUGAGGGGACACCUGAAGGAGUUGAGAACCAAGAGAAACUGACUCGUGUUGCUGCGUUUCCUAUUGGGAUAGACUCAGACCGGUUCAUGCGAGCACUUGAGAAUCCACAAGUUCAAGAACACAUAAAAGAAUUGAAAGAGACAUUUGCUGGCCGAAAGGUAAUGUUAGGUGUUGAUCGCCUAGAUAUGAUUAAAGGAAUUCCACAGAAGAUAUUGGCAUUUGAAAAGUUCCUUGAGGAAAACCCUGAAUGGCGUGAUAAAGUUGUUUUGCUGCAAAUUGCAGUGCCAACAAGAACAGAUGUUCCUGAAUAUCAAAAACUUACAAGCCAGGUUCAUGAAAUUGUCGGACGCAUCAAUGGCCGAUUUGGAACACUGACUACUGUUCCAAUACAACAUCUGGAUCGCUCUCUGGACUUUCUUCAAUUGUGUGCUUUAUAUGCAGUUACUGAUGUAGCCCUUGUCACAUCUUUAAGGGAUGGAAUGAAUCUUGUCAGCUAUGAGUUUGUGGCAUGCCAAGACUCUAAGAAAGGAGUUCUCAUUCUCAGUGAAUUUGCAGGUGCUGCACAAUCUUUGGGUGCUGGAGCGAUUUUGGUGAACCCUUGGAACAUUACUGAAGUGGCUAAUUCAAUUGCCCGAGCUCUGAACAUGUCACCUCAAGAGAGAGAGAAGCGACAUAGACACAAUUUUAAACAUGUGACAACUCACACUGCUCAGGAAUGGGCUGAAACCUUUGUAAGUGAACUGAACGUUACGGUUGUUGAGGCAGAGCUGAGGAUAAAACAAGCCCCUCCUAAUCUUCGAGAAGCAGAUGCAAUUGAACGUUAUUUGCAGUCUAACAAUCGUUUGCUCAUACUAGGUUUCAAUGCAACAUUAACUGAAUCACUGGACACUCUUGGUAGAAGAGGUGAUCAGAUUAGAGAAAUGGAACUAAAGCUGCACCCGGAGUUGCAUGAUCCCCUAACUGCAUUGUGCAAUGAUCCAAAGACAACAAUUGUUGUUCUUAGCGGGAGUGACAGAAGUGUCUUGGAUUAUAACUUUGGGGGGUAUAACAUGUGGUUGGCAGCAGAAAAUGGUAUGUUUUUACGCCAUACCAGGGGAGAAUGGAUGACAACAAUGCCGGAGCAUUUAAAUAUGGAAUGGGUUGACAGUGUUAAGCAUGUUUUUGAGUAUUUCACUGAAAGAACACCACGAUCAGAUUUUGAGCAGCGUGAAACAUCACUUGUAUGGAACUACAAGUAUGCAGAUAUGGAAUUUGGAAGAAUUCAGGCAAGAGAUAUGUUGCAGCAUCUCUGGACAGGCCCAAUUUCAAAUGCAUCUGUCGAUGUUGUCCAAGGGAGCCGAUCAGUCGAGGUGCGAGCAGUUGGUGUUACGAAGGGUGCGGCAAUUGAUCGUAUUUUGGGAGAGAUAGUCCAUAGUAAAUCCAUGACUACACCAAUUGACUAUGUUCUUUGCAUUGGGCAUUUUCUUGGGAAGGAUGAAGAUGUGUUCUCAUUUUUUGAGCCGGAACUCCCUUCAGAACCCCCAAGCAUUUCAAGAACAAGGCCAAUUGAUGGCCUGAAGCUACCAGGGGAAAGAAGACAACCGUUGAAGCUUCCAGCAAGCAGAAGUGGAUCAAAGUUAUCUCAAGGUAAAACACAAAGAUCUACCCCAAACCAUGACAGAAAGAUCCCCACUCAAAACUGUGCUGGUGCAAGGCGACCAACACCAGAAAAUAUGUCAUGGAAUGUGCUUGAUCUCAAAAAAGAGAACUACUUUUCUUGUGCUGUUGGACGGAUUCGCACGAAUGCCCGGUUUCUACUUCAAUCCUCAGAUGAAGUCGUUGCGCUUUUAAAGAGGUUAGCAUCAUAUGCUGAUUCAGAUUCAUCAUUAUCGUCAUCAAGCUUAUUUCAGAAUCGGAGAGGUGAUGCGAUGAAUUUGUUGCGUUCGCCAGCAAAUUGAUGUUGUACCUUACACCUGCUUCAGAAAGUCAUUAAAGUAUCACUAAAAUUAUUGUCUUCCUGAAUAGAAAAUUUAUUAGUGUUUGACAUAAUUGAAAACAUCAAAUCCACAGUGAUGUUCUUCAGUAAUAUAUUCAUAGAGGGAAACAAUUUUAGCUCUGAUUGUUUUACUGAUGUCUUUUUGGCAUGUUCUAUGUAACAGCAGUUACAUAUCUAUGUUGUGCUCUGGUGAGCAUUGACUUAGCAAGUGUUCUUGAGUUUUUAGUUAAGAGAGCAAUUCACGUUACCUUUUUCA